AUGGUGGACUACGAAUUUGUGAACAGUCCGCACGAGAGAGGACAGUGGCUGGCGCAUAGAACCGAUACCGCAGAAAAUUUCGAUAUCAACACUAACUACGAAAAGAAAUGGCCCAAGGGAGUUCUUCGCCAGUAUCAUAUUACCAUUCACGAGGAUAAAGUGAACCUAGACGGGGAAGACUUCCCUCAUGCAAAGCUUAUCAACGGCCAGUGGCCUGGACCUUGGAUUCAGGCAUGUUGGGGUGAUGAAGUCCAGGUGACGGUAACUAAUAAAUUGACUUAUAAUGGUACUGCAAUCCAUAUGCACGGGAUUCGGAUGCUUGAUAGCCCCCUUAACGAUGGGGUACCUGGUGUCACCCAAUGCCCUAUCCCGCCAGGUGACAGCUUUACUUAUAAUUUUACCGCGACGCAAUAUGGGACGACUUGGUAUCACAGUCAUUAUAGCCUACAGUAUACGGAUGGGGUGCUCGGUCCUCUUACGAUACACGGCCCUGCAUCGGCCAAUUUUGACAACGCGAUUGAUCCGAUCAUCUUGGGGGACCAUAAUCAUCGCAGUGCAUUUGAAGAUUAUUACAAGGAGCAGCUUGCGGGCAGCAAGCCGGGUCGCUUCAUUCCAACAAUGACGAGUAUUUUGAUUAAUGGCAAGGGCAACUACGCCGGUGUCCACCCAGAAAGACUAUAUACUAAGCAUGUAGAGCCAGGCAAGAGGAAGAUUCUAAGAUUAAUUAAUACAUCAACGGAUUCUACCUACAUAUUCAGCGUGGAUGGCCACGAGCUGCAGGUGAUCGGAGCGGAUUUAGUUCCCAUCCAGCCAUAUACAACUACGCAGAUAGCUAUUGGAAUUGGCCAACGUUACCAUGCUAUUCUGCAUACAAAAACAAACGAAGAGCUGAAUCACGAUGGAGCAUAUUGGAUUCGAGUCCAACCGGCCGCCGGAUGCCAUAACUUUGAGACCAUGCCCGAUGCGAGACAAGGAAUCCUCUACUAUGGAGACAAAACGGCAGAGCCCCCCAUUCCCACCACAAUUGCCCAUCGCUAUAGUCCAAUUUGUCGGGACGAAAAGCAAUUGGAACCAAUCCUCGAAUGGAAGAUUCCCGAAAUACCGAAACAGAUCGACAAGACAAAAUUCUUCAAUGCGACUGUCGCGCUUGAUAAAUGGCUUCUUCCUAAGGAGUAUGAGAAUGAUCCAAAGGAAAAGCAGAAGGUGAAUGACUGGGAAUUUCUGGACGACCCUGCUUACGUAGAUUAUAUGGGACCCACAGCCUUAUACCCAGACGGCCCAGGGGGGGACGGGGAAUACCCCAAAAAUGCCGUUAUCCACAAGGUCAAUAGUCGUGGUAGUGAGGAGGAUGAUUGGCAAUACAUGCUCAUCAUCGGCACCAAUAGCUGGAAACCCACCCCCGGUGGGAGGCGCCAGACCCCCGCAGCACACCCUAUCCAUCUCCACGGUCACGAUUUCGCGCUUCUAAAACAGUCCAAAGUCCCGUAUAACGAUACAGAUUGGCGUGAUGGUCUAAACUAUUUUAACCCGCCUCGCCGAGAUGUUGUGCUUUUGGAGAGUAACGGAUAUAUCGUGAUUGCCUUCAAGACAGACAACCCUGGUUCUUGGGUCAUGCACUGCCACAUUGCUUGGCAUGCAUCAGCUGGGUUGGCUAUCCAAGUCUUGGAAGAUGUUGACAAAUUCAAGAAUCUGCUGGAAAAUAGAGAGAAAACACCGGCGUGGCAGAUUAGGCAGAGGGGUAGAACAUGUGACAACUGGAUCCGGUGGCAAAACGAUAUAAGCAAGCACCACGAUCCCGCGGGUCGAUUCCAGGAUGAUUCUGGGAUUUAA